UGGUGUCAAAUUUAUAUCUCUAAAAUUAUUAAUUUAUACUUGUAAAAUUAUUAAAUUUGUAAGAUAAUAAUUAUAUUUGUAAGAUAAUUAAAUUAUUUGUUGUAUGAGAUUUGUGAAGUUUGGGAUUGUGGGUACGGGGCCUUCAGGUUUAUAUUUGGGUAAGUAUUUGACAAAGUACAUAAAGAAUUGCAAGGUUGACUACUUUGAGAAGUCCAAACAGCUCUUGGGACUCUUCAAAUCCGGCGUUGCCCCUGACAAACACACCAUCAAACACAACUCCUACCAACUUCUCCAUAAUCCAAAUUAUCGAUUUUUCACCAAUAUUCAUAUUGGUGUGGACGUGGGAUUGGAGGUGUUGUUGGAGUAUUAUAAUGUGAUAUUUCUGUGUUGUGGCUGUGAGGACUGCAACGAGUUUAAAAUCCCAAACGAACAGUUCGGCGUCUUCAAUAAUCUCAAACUCAUACACUUUUACAAUUCACUCCCAAUCAACCCCAAUUUAUACAAUAAUCUCCAAAUUUAUCAAAUCAACAAGUUUAGACAAGAUAAUUACUCCACAAAUUCUGACACUGUAGGUUCUGCUACCCGAGAGGGAGCUACUAUUCAUAGGGGAGAGGGAGCUAACUUACUAUCAAGGGGAGAGGGAGCUAAUAAUAUACCCCUAGAGGGAGCUAAUAAUAUACCCCUAGAGGGAGCUAAUAAUAUACCCCUAGAGGGAGCUAAUUCUAAUACUAUUAACUAUAUACCCCUAAAGGGAGCUAAUUCUAAUACUAUUAACUAUAUACCCCAAGAGGGAGCUAAUAAUAUACCCCGAGAGGGAGCUACUAUUCAUAGGGAAGAGGGAGCUAACAAGGGUGAGGGAUCUAGUAUAGAAUCAUAUUUAUCAUAUUUAACUGGGUUGGAAAGUGUGAGUAUUGGCGUAUUGGGUAGUGGUAAUGUGUGUUUGGACAUAAUUCGCAUGUUAGUGAAGAGUAAGCAGGAGCUGGAACAGCUGGAAGUUAACCCCCGGUACACCGAACUUAUCAACAACAUUAAUAUCAAGAGGAUAACAGUUUUCGCCAGAAGCUCUCUCAGGAAUUCCAAAUUCACCAAUAACGAACUACACUCUCUAUUCCAACAUAACAUACACAUUACACAUUCCGAACCCUCACUUCAUAGUGUCAACAAUAUUAACAAUAUCCACACAGUUGACACAGUUUCCAAUCGUAAGGAACUGAAGAAGCUUAAGUUGUUUAAUAGUUACAGUAAUACUAACAGUGUGCCUGAGGGAGUCUGGGUGGAUUUCAAGUUUAACACUAAGAUUCUCAAAGUCAUAAAUAACACACAAAACCACAUCCAGUCCAUUCUGUACACUACUAACCGUGAUACUCUGGAGAAUACUGUAGAGAGUGUGGAAAACACUGUAGAGAGUGUAAAUAGUGUAGAAAGUGUUGGUGUGGAUUUGUUGAUAAAGUGUAUAGGAUAUAAUAGUGUGAGUAACGGUGGGAUAUUGUGUGGUAUAGACAAUGUGCGUGUGUUUGGUAACGGCUGGGCGGUAAACAACUGUAAAGGUGACUUGGCCAACAUAAUUCUCAACUCAAUUCACCUCUCCAAACAUAUUAAACAGAUUUCACACGGUUUUCACCAUUUUGACAACGAUAUCCUACACCUCUUCAGACAACAUUUUACACCACUUUAGACACCAUUUUACACACUUUAGAGGAUAUUUUACACUACUUUAGACAUCUUACACUACUCUAAACAUUACACUUUAGAGGACAUUUUACACCAUUUAGACACCAU